CAACACUACGGAGCAAGCAAGGAGAAGACGUUUUGCUUUCGUUCGCUCAAGUUGUGUUGAAGCGCAGUCAGUUCGCCUCGCAGUGAAUGAGAAAAGCUUAAAAACAGAGCUCUCAAUUCCGUCUCGGUCUCGGCAAGUUGCGGAACGGGGAAGGAUCCCUACAGCCAGUGCUAGAAGAAAAGAUGUGCGACGUCGUCGUCGGUGGCGUUUAAAAUUCUGUGGAAAAUUUUGGUGUGUUUUGAGGACAUCGGUUCUACUGUCGGGAACGGGUGCAAGAGCUAUCCUGCAUCCCGGAUUGCGGAGGUUUGCUAUCGAGUCCGGUCCCGAUCUGCGGCGAUUGAGAAUUGUUCCAGCUAAUGUCAUAACAACGAAUGUGGAAAACUAAAGCUUUGUACCCCAUGCACUGAAACUGUGAUAACGUUUAAAAUUAGCUGCGCCGCAGUAUUCUUUCGGUAGUGAUUAUAGUGAACCCGUGAGCGGGAAACAGUCCGGUUAUGCAUAGACCGUCGCCAGUGAAGCUGCUGCUGUAUGCACGCCAGUGAAGCUACGCCCAUUGCGGAAGAACCGGGUGACCUGAAGUAGUGAAGUGGCCGCACCGCGAACGAAAUUCACCGCCCGGAGUGCGUGUGUGGUUUCAAGCAUUUCGUUAUUCGACCAUGUCGGAGCAUGAGAACAAAUAUCAGGUCUAUAUCUAUCUGAAGGAAUGCUUCAUCGACGUUCCGGUUCGGGAGGGCGACACCUGCGAAGAUCUGUGCACCAGUUUGUGCCAGCAGUACGGGAUUGGGCCGUUGGUUCAGCUGCUGUUGGGCCUUCGGAUACACGACGAGCCAUGGUUCCUGGCGCCGAGCGCCCGGCCCCAAGCCGGCAAAAAGUACGACUUUCGCGUACGGUUCAAGAUUCCCAAACUAUCCAACCUGAAAACGCUGGACCGAGCCCUGUUCAACUACUACUACUACCAGUUGCGGCACGACCUCCUGCAGAGCAAAAUCGGCGAAAUCGCGUACGACGAGUACAAGAACAAAAUCCUGGGCUACGUCGUCAACGACAUGUACCGCAAGAUGGUCGAGGAUGGCGUCAGCGUGAGCGAGCUGGAGCGCACCUACAAGGAGUACAUCCCGCGGAAGAUCAACAAAGAGCACUCGCUGCUGUUCUUCAACUGGGCCCGGUCCAAGGUGUUUAACUCGCUGAACCAGAUCCGACACAAGGACCACGAUGUGGACUAUGUAAAAAGUGUAUAUAUAGACGAUAUCGAUAACAUUGCGCCGUGCUACCUGUACGAGGAAUACAGCUGCAGCAUACCGUAUCCGCGGGACGAUGGCAUAACGAAACCGGGAAAGUGUAAGGUCAAGGUGAAAUUCGUCCCGUACGGUCAGAGCCGGUCGUCAAAAAGUGCAAAGUCGGGCAAGAAUGGGCAAAAAGUUGACAGCGAAUCGCUGCCGGGACUGAAGGUGUUGUAUUCGCAGGAGUGGAGGCACGUGGCGAAUAUCGAUGAAAUUUUUACUAUACUAGUAGAUAAACUUACGGUGGAUAUUUCACUGAAGGAUCAACCGAAUCUGUACUCAAUAGACUUUAGCAGUCAGACUGAAUUAGAAUCGUUCGUAACGUGUUUAGCUGGUUAUUAUAGAUUAAUGUGUAAGUGGACUGUGUAUCUGUGUAAACCCCAUCUGUCCUCACCAACCUUGAAUAGGCUGACGGAGCUAAAAUGCCAUGGCCCUAUCGGAGGAAAAUACUCCUACCGUAAAAUAGCGGAAAAGAAUAGCAGCGUCGGUGCUAACAUUGUUCGUCAAUGCGAAAACCACUACGACACGUACUACGUAGAUAUUCUGGAGCGCGAGAACCAAAUGAAAACUUAUAAGCUCACCUACACGGACAGUCGAUGGCAUGUGCAUCGAGGACCCGGCGAAGUAACAGCGUACGACGAGCUGCUCGACGCACUGCGCAAUCUGAAUCCCAAAAUCAAGAAUCUGUACCGUCUCUCGCCGACGGAGCACGACAAGGCGCCGAAUCUCCUACUGUGCCAGCCAGAGAACGACAUGACGUCCAAGAAGCUGCUUCGGGACGCCGGAGAAAUGCAACAGGUCCGUCCGCAGAUUGUGAACGCUGCCAAGGAGCUGGCGAUCAACAGAAAUGCGUUGAAGAACGAAGGUGAUGGCUUCUUUGAGAGGACCAGAGCUGAACUUUUCCUACCGAACAAUACCAAAAUGGAAGUGACUCUGAAGUUGCUGAAAAACGACAAGAAAGACGAGUUUCUGAGUGAUUUUCUCCAGUUGGUGGACUUUUGGGCGAGCAUAGACUGCAGGAAUAUCAUUAAGCUAUACGGGGUGGCGUUGUUUAAACCGGUUGCAAUGGUGCUUGAAAGUUCUCGAGACGGUCCGCUAGAUGAGUUCCUUCGUCGACAUAAAUUCGUAUCGUUCUCGUCUCUGAUCGAUGCGGGACACUCGCUAGCCUGUGCUCUCUAUUAUUUACAAGAAAAGGGACUCGUUCACGGACGGAUAAGGUGCUCAUCGAUGCUGGUAACGUCGUACGACCGAAACGAGAAUCGAUUGAUUGCGAAGCUGGGUGAUCCGGGAUUGCGACAGCAGCAUCAGUACACGGUGAAGGAUCUGUUGUGGAUACCAAUUGAGUACCACGAGCUGGGACAACGGGAAGUGCAAUUAUUGAAGCAAGACCUGAGGGCAGACAUUUGGGCCUGUUCGACAACGUUGUGGGAGAUUUUUAGUCGCGGUAAGCGGUUAACGCCUCGCAAUGCUAAGGAGUUUAUCGCAUCCGGUCGAAGGUUGAAGGCUCCGUCGGAGUGCGAACACAUUAAAGAGAUCUACCAGUGCAUGUACUACGGGUGGAUGGUUGAUCCGGAUAAAAGAUUCGCCCCGCAGAUGAUCAUAUCAAAGUUGGUGCAAGCAAAACAAAGAAAGCAUUACUGUGAGAUACCGCAAAGCGGUAUGAUGAACGGAACAACGAAUACAACGAAUGGUUUUUACUCACAUCAAAGUAUAAAUUCUAUUGAGACAGAUUCCACUUUACUAAACUCUCGAACAGACAUGUCCAACUCAUCGUACGUGAGCAAUUGCAGUGACGGCGACGCUGGAAGCAAUGCAUCGAGCGAAUGCAGCUCCCAGCCGCUCAUCUCCAACGGAGGCUCUAGUCAUUACAGCGCCGGUUCGCACAGUGGUUGGGGACAGGCCCAGGCCGAGAGCUUCCUGUACGACUGUCCGGACUUCAUCGAGCUAUCCAAUGGCUCCAAGGUGAUAUUCCAGGGCGAGCUUGGUCAAGGACACUACGGUAAGGUUUACUGCGGGUGCAUCGAUGACGGCGAGAAUCAGAUACAGGUGGCACUGAAGACCAUCUAUCCGAUCAGCCAGAUGGAUGCGGAGAUAGCGAAAAAGGACUUCCAGCGGGAAGUUUCCAUCAUGAAGAAGCUCAAUCAUCGGAACAUUGUUAAGCUGAUCGAUUUCAUCGACGAGAUUAACAAACUGGUUGUGAUCAUGGAGUUCAUGGAGAAAGGCUCACUGCUGGAUUUUGUGAGCUACAACCGUCACAAUCUAACCAAACUGAAUUUGCUGCGGUUUUCCAAGGAUAUCGCGAAUGGCAUGAAUCAUCUGUUCGAGAAGAAGAUCAUUCAUCGCGACUUGGCGGCUCGAAACAUUCUCGUGCAGAGUAUGGACUGUGUGAAAAUCUCCGAUUUCGGUCUAGCGCAGGUGACCGACGGGGGCAAUUACUACAUCGCGCAGAACAGUCGGGAUCUGCCCAUCAAGUGGUACUCGCCGGAGACGUUGAAAACCAUGAAAUACUCUUUCAAGUCGGAUGUGUGGUCCUUCGGGGUGACACUGUUCGAAAUGUUCACGUACGGUGAGACACCGUUCCCCGAGCUGGAAAUUCGGGAUGCCGAGCAGUUGUUUGACUUGCUUACGGUGCAAAAAAUCAGGCUGCAACUUACCGAUCAGGAUCGGGAUGUCCAGGAACAGUUGAUGGAACCGUGCUUCAUUCUUGACUCUCACCAGCGUCCUACAUUUGUGCAAUUAUUAGAAAAAAUCGAACAGCUUAUCGACCAAUAUGGUGAAUCAAUUGAACUGCUUAAUUGAAUAAGGGAAGAUAAAAGUCAUAUACAUAUACAAUUAGCAUGAACGAAAGUUACUUAUGGAAAAGCACAGCCACAUAAGCGCAUUUGAAGGAAUACAGUUUUUAAUGUGUUCCGCACACCGUAACUGUGAACGUUAAAAGGUUUCGCGUAGUGAAAACAAUUUAUGCUAAGCAUCUUAGGGCAUCAAAAUUGAAACUGAAUUUGAGCACUUCUAGGUUAGGCAAUUGUAUUUUUAUCAAAACCUGUUUUAGCUUCCUACUUUUUUCGGAUACGUACUAGAAACAGAUUUUAUGCUUCAAGCCAGCAGGCGCCAGUCAUAUUUUACGGCAAAAUGCUCUUUUUAAAUUGUUAAGAAAUACGUGUUAUAGUGCAUAUAUUGUUUAAGUCCUACAAAAAUUCCUUCCACGAGGAAAAAUCUCACCUGAAUAUUAAAACUAUUGUUGCCGAUCUACCUACUACUGUAAAUAAAUAAAUAUUUGUAGCUCAAAUCUUAAACAUUUUGAAACAAACUACCGAUCUGUUCGAUAUAAAAGAAUUGCACCCGUCUUAAACUGUGGAUAAGUGUCUUAACUGUUAAAUUAAAUUCUAGCGCUAAGCCAAACUUGACUUUUUGACAAGUUUCGAUCCGUGGGUGGAUCACACGACGAAGACAAAUUUUAGUAUAAUAUUUCUGCGCUACAUGUGCGAGUGAACCUAAGAUAUAUUCUCAAAGUGCCACACUAGAUGAGGUCGCUUCGGUUUCUUCUUAAAAAAAAAACCCUUCCUCAUUUAGACCUGUCGACGAUUGACUGUGUUCCAAAUUAUAUUCAUUGUAUUCAAUUCUAUAUUCAUUUGAGAAAAACCAAAUAGUCAUGUUGUAUGGUGCAGAAAUUCUUCGCAUAUUGUGACGAUUGCAAACGAUUUGAAAUGGCCUUCGUUAGUUAUGAAAUAUUUAACAAAAUACUAAACUAUUAGCAUUUUGAUAAGCUUACUAAAUUAGGUGCAACUAGAACCCUGUUCUUGAUAGUUUAAUAUUAGAUAUAUUUAUCUGAUUUGCCAACUUUUUUCUAUUGCUUGAAGAUUUAUCGGAUAAAGCACACAUCAGCCCAAGAUGAAUACAGUACUAGGUGUUCCAAUCUGCCAAGUUUGUGGAAGAGAAGAAGGCGGGGGUGAAAAAUUCAUUUUCGGUGCAAAACAUAAACAAACCAGCGGGCUCUCCCAUACUAAAAUCCAAGAUGGCUGAAUCGUGAAUUUGGCAGAUUGGAACACCUAGUGGUGUAUUCAUCUUGCAUCAGCCAAUUCAAGGGGAAACCUGAUCUCCAAUAGUAACAGUUUAAACCAACUAUACAUUCAAGUCUCGUUUGAAUUAGUACACAAAUAGAAGCAAGCAUGAUUAAAUGAUCCUGGGAAAUCAGAAAAAGGAAAUUAAGCAUCUUAUCUAGAAAAGAAGUUGAAGGAACCGAUCAAUUCUUUAAAAUAGGAUGAGAAUAUUUUUAUUUUUAAGAAAAUUUUAAUGGAACCUGAAUUAAGACCAUAAUGACAAGAACCUAAAAAACAAAAAUUGAAGUCGUGAAGUAUUUUUUUUUUCGUUUAGACUCACUGCUUGAAAUCAUAUUAGUGAUAUUAAGGUAUCUGAUAAGUGUUUUUUAUGAAAUGGAUAUAGGUGUACUACAUCAAUGUGACUCUGAAAUUAUACAUACUUAAAAUAA